AUGAAAAUGCAUCACCUGGGGAUGCUGCUGGGGAGGCUGGACCACCGCUACCUGCGAGUACGGCAGGAGGGUGUGCGGCCGUGGAAACACCCUCACUGGUUUGGGUUUUGCACGCUGGGUGCCUACACGCUUGCGGUUUACUGGUGUCUUUUCCUUAAGUUGCGUGUAAAAGUUGUUAAGGAAGAAUCAGCGGUGGCCUCGGACAGUGAACAGAGUAUUUGCCAAGCCCGGGCUUCAGUUAUGGUCUAUGACGAUACAAGUAAGAAAUGGGUGCCAAUCAAACCAGGACAGCAGGGAUUCAGCAGAAUCAACAUAUACCACAACACGGCCACCAACACCUUCAGGGUAGUUGGAGUUAAACUGCAAGAUCAACAAGUUAAUUAUUCAAUUGUGAAAGGACUGAAGUACAAUCAAGCAACACCUACCUUUCAUCAAUGGCGCGAUGCACGGCAAGUCUAUGGCUUGUAUUUUGUCAGAAACAAAGAAGAGGCUACCACGUUCUCCAAUGCAAUGCUGUUUGCUCUGAAUAUCAUGAACUCACAAGAUGGAGGUCCAGCUGCCCAGCGCCAGGUCCAGAAUGGGCCAUCUCCAGAUGAGAUGGAAGCACAAAGAAGACAAGUGAUGGAGCAACAGCAACAGCGCCAGGAAUCUCUGGAAAGAAGAACCUCUACCACAGGCCCGUCUCUUCCAGCUGGUCAUCCCAGUGGCACUGCUGUGAUCCCUGCUUCGUCCGGGGGGCCCCCACCUCCGCCACCCCCCCCGGUCCCUCCACCACCCAUGGGAGCUGCACCGCCCCCACCGCCCCCACUGCCAGCAGGCACCGGGCAAGGGGCCGGCACUGAAGAUGGGUCGGUGUCAGGGCUCGCAGCGGCUCUGGCUGGUGCCAAACUAAGGAGAGUUCAACGGCCAGAAGAUGGUUCAGGAGGGUCCAGCCCCAGUGGGGUCUCUAAGAGCGAUGCCAAUCGAACAAGUAGUGGAGGAGGCGGAGGAGGACUAAUGGAAGAAAUGAAUAAAUUACUGGCAAAAAGGAGGAAAGCAGCGUCGCAGUCAGACAAGCCAGCUGAUAAAAAGGAAGAGGAAAGCCAAAACGAUGAUGCUAGCACCUCUCCUUCACCCAGUACACGAGGUCCCACCCAGCAGCAGCAAAAUUCAUCAGACUCUGGGAAGAAGCCAUGGGAAAGGAGCAAUUCUGUUGAAAAGCCUGUAUCUUCAUUACUUUCUAGAAAUUCAUCAGUGGUGAAGAGCUGUGAAGCUAAGAGCCCCACACAAUCCCACGUGUCUUCUAGGAUGAAGCCAGUGAGCAGCAGCAAUGAUGUGGCUAUGGAUGCCUUAGAUUUUGACCGAAUGAAACAGGAAAUAUUGGAGGAAGUUGUAAGAGAGUUACACAAAGUGAAAGAGGAGAUAAUUGAUGCCAUACGGCAGGAGUUGAGUAGAAUCAGUACAACAUAAUGAUUGCAAAGCAUUUGGACGGUACUAAGAAUGCUAGGAAGAUCGGAUCAUUUCUAAGUGUACCAAGGUCAUGCAAGAUGGUGAGAGAGGACACCGGCACUGUUUUUGUUCUUAUACCCUUUUUAUUAGCAGACUCAGCACACUUUGAAGCUUGCUGCUGCCUUGGAUUCGCUUCAUUUUAAAAGUCUUAAUCUAAAGAAUAUUAAAUUUUAAAAUUCUGGAUUUUUUAGAUUUCAUCUGACACUGCACAUUGGAUUUGUCAGCCUUUUUUGUAUUUUGUAUUUGCUUAUUUAAAUGUAUUACCUUUCUUUUUAGUAGUAGAUAAGAACACACGUGAACCAUUUGCUUUUGAUAGAUGACUUCAAAGUAAUUUUACUAGUAGUCUGCAAUGUAAAUGAAGAUCCUUUGCCAACAGAAAUGUAUUGUGGCAUCACCAGAAGAAAGAGAGACAUGUUAGUUGUCAGCCAACAAGUUCUUUGUCUCAGAGUUAUCACAAUAUUAAAAAAAAAUGGUACGUCAGUGCAUCACAGUAUCUGUGUUCAUAUUGGUAAUAAACUGUUUAUUGUCCACAUGG